AUGAUAGGCGAUAUAGUGAUAAUUAGCGAUACCGAAGAAGUGUCAGAUGAGGAGAUUGCUUUCGUCGGUAUCACACAGACUCAACCUAAUCCCAGAAUAGGGCAGAGCAGCUCUUCAAGAUCAGCAAUCGUACCGAUAUUUAUCGACUCCGACCCAGAAGAGACACAAGAUCAGGAGGACGAUCAAGAUAUAUGUGCAUUCCUCUCGUCUACAAUCACUACCUCGACAUCCAUUGCCGGUCCCUCAUCAUCUCGACUGCUGAAGAAGAGUAAAGACGUAGUCACUAGAGUCGAUAGGAAAGGGAAAAGACGAGCUGAGGAGGAUUUGAUACUGGAUAUAUCGGAGUCAUCAGCUUUGAUGGAUAAAUUCGGGAGAUUCGAAAAUAGUAUAUUAUCAAAGAUCGAUUCCCUUACGGAUAUCAAUACCACAUCAGAGACGCCUGACACCUUGAUAGGCGAUGCACCUUCUUUAGUCGAACUUGAGAAGGAACCCUUAACGAAAAAGAAAGUCAAGAAGCGUAAAUCGUCUACAGCCGACGAUGCCUUGACAACAGCGGAGAAACGUCAGAAGAAUACAGAGGAGGAUACUGGCGCUGAAACAAACGCUAUCGCUGCUAACCCUAAGUUGACGAAAGAAGAGAAAGAAGCUCUGAAGGCUAAAGAAAAGGCUGAGAAGCAAUUACAGAAAGAUAUAUUAAAGGCUGCCAAAGAAGCUGAGAAAUCUUAUCAAAGGAAGUUGGCAGAAGUGAAUCGGCUUCGAGUAAGCAAGAACGAUACCGUCCGUGAAAUCCAUCUUUACCUCUCAUCAGACCUAUCCCAACCCACUUCACCCAUCGCCGGAGCCUUACCAGAAAUAACCAAACGAAUUACCGAUAAUUACUCUGAAAUUAAGUUUUUGACUGAAGAUAAAUCGAGCAUAAAUGGAUUGAUCAAGUUCAAACGACAUCUGAAAGCAAGAUGGGACCCGGAGAAGAAACAAUUCAUACCGUUAGAUCAACCUAUAUGGAUAUGGGAGGGGAUAUGCGUAUUGGUGAUCAAUGCAGAAGAGAUAGUCGAUAAGAUCGCUCCCACUUCCACUUGCGAAUCACCGGAUGAAGAAGAAAGGCUUGACGAAUUGAAUGUAUGGGUAUCGGACAUCAAGUUGACUUUGGGUCUGACGGUGAAUGAUCAACUGAUCAUCAUGAUUAAAGGUUUGCAGAAGUAUCAUAGUAAGAUGAAGUCGCUGGCAAAUAAACAGUUCACCGCUGCUGCUCGUGCGGGAUUAAGUGGUGCGACUACCGCCAAUCGAAAUCAAGGUGGAAGAAAUGGCGGUAGGAUUGGACCCGAUAAAGAGAUUAUAGAAAUGGCUUUGGUGAGAUUACAGGUGAAACAAAGGUGUUUCUUGGUCAAUGUCGAAAAGACUGAAGAUAUCGAAGAUUGGGUGUACAAUAUCGCUGCGGAUGUAGCUAUAAGACCGUACAAACUGAUCUCCAAGUCCCAUCUCGCCUUUUGUCCUACCGACGGUAUCAGAAAAGGAUCCAACCCUACCGAAACUCUUGAAUUGAUGUUACAGGAAGUACAAGGUAUAACGCCAAGUGCGUCUAUGGGGAUAGCCAGCGAAUAUCCCACUUUUAAGGAAUUGAUGGAAGCUUUUGAGAAAGCUGAAAGGAGGGGUGGGGUUGAGAGAGCGGAAGGGAUGUUGCAAGAUUGUGAGAUAAAGACGUUGAGGAACGGUACGGCCAAUGGAAGGAAGUUGAACAAGGCAUUAGCGAAAAGAGUGUACAACGUUUUCAGGGGAGAUGACAGUUUGGCUCUAGCUUAG